CCGCCCGGCCCCCUCCCCCGGCGCCGGCCAAGUGAGGCGGUGAUGCGGGCGCUGGCGGCCUGGGCUGAGCCGAGAGCGGAGACACAGGCUCAAGAUGGCAGAUUCCCACUGAGGCUGAGGGGGCCGAGCUCGCGCGCCGCGUUCCCUUCCCCGUUGCCAUGAGCCGCGGACAGCCCGGCCCCGAUGGCCCCCGUGUACGAAGGUAUGGCCUCACAUGUGCAAGUUUUCUCCCCUCACACCCUUCAAUCAAGUGCCUUCUGUAGUGUGAAGAAACUUAAAGUAGAGCCAAGUUCCAACUGGGACAUGACUGGGUACGGCUCCCACAGCAAACUGUGCAGCCAGAGCAAGAACAUACCACCUUCUCAGCCAGCCUCCACAACCGUCAGCACCUCCUUGCCAAUCCCAAACCCAAGCCUACCUUACGAGCAGACCAUCAUCUUCCCAGGGAGUACUGGACACAUAGUUGUAACAUCAGCAAGUAGCACUUCUGUCACCGGGCAAGUCCUCGGUGGACCACAUAACCUAAUGCGUCGAAGCACUGUGAGCCUCCUUGACACCUACCAAAAAUGUGGACUCAAGCGAAAGAGUGAGGAGAUUGAGAACACCAGCAGCGUGCAGAUCAUUGAAGAACAUCCACCCAUGAUUCAGAAUAAUGCCAGCGGGGCCACUGUAGCCACUGCCACCACGUCUACUGCCACCUCCAAAAACAGUGGCUCCAACAGUGAGGGUGACUAUCAGCUGGUGCAGCAUGAGGUGCUGUGCUCCAUGACCAACACCUAUGAGGUUUUAGAGUUUUUGGGCAGAGGGACAUUUGGGCAAGUGGUCAAGUGCUGGAAACGGGGCACCAAUGAAAUUGUGGCCAUUAAGAUCCUAAAGAACCACCCUUCCUAUGCCCGGCAAGGCCAGAUUGAAGUGAGCAUCCUAGCCCGGCUGAGCACAGAGAGUGCUGAUGACUACAACUUUGUUCGGGCCUAUGAGUGCUUCCAACACAAGAAUCACACGUGCUUAGUCUUUGAGAUGUUGGAGCAGAACCUCUAUGACUUUCUGAAACAGAACAAGUUUAGCCCCUUGCCCCUCAAGUACAUUCGCCCAGUCCUCCAGCAGGUAGCUACAGCCCUGAUGAAACUCAAAAGCCUGGGUCUUAUCCAUGCUGACCUCAAACCAGAAAACAUCAUGCUGGUAGAUCCAUCCAGACAGCCAUACCGAGUGAAGGUCAUUGACUUUGGCUCAGCCAGUCACGUGUCCAAAGCCGUCUGCUCCACCUACUUGCAAUCUAGAUACUACAGGGCCCCCGAGAUCAUCCUUGGUUUGCCAUUCUGUGAAGCAAUUGACAUGUGGUCCCUUGGUUGCGUCAUUGCUGAAUUGUUCCUGGGCUGGCCGUUAUAUCCAGGAGCUUCUGAAUAUGAUCAGAUUCGGUAUAUCUCACAAACACAGGGUUUGCCAGCUGAAUAUUUAUUAAGUGCAGGGACAAAGACAACUAGAUUUUUCAACCGUGACACAGACUCUCCGUAUCCUUUGUGGAGGCUAAAGACACCAGAUGAUCAUGAAGCAGAGACGGGGAUUAAAUCAAAAGAAGCAAGAAAGUACAUUUUCAACUGUUUGGAUGAUAUGGCCCAGGUGAACAUGACAACAGAUUUGGAAGGGAGUGACAUGUUGGUAGAGAAGGCAGACCGACGGGAAUUCAUUGACCUAUUAAAGAAGAUGCUGACCAUAGAUGCUGAUAAGAGGAUCACUCCCAUUGAAACUCUGAACCACCCGUUUGUCACAAUGACACACUUGCUUGAUUUUCCCCAUAGUACACAUGUCAAGUCUUGUUUCCAAAACAUGGAGAUUUGCAAGCGCCGGGUGAAUAUGUAUGACACAGUGAACCAGAGCAAAACACCCUUCAUCACACACGUGGCCCCCAGCACAUCUACUAACUUGACCAUGACAUUUAACAACCAGCUGACCACUGUCCACAACCAGGCUCCCACUUCCUCCAGUGCCACUCUUUCCUUAGCCAAUCCCGAAGUCUCCAUACUAAACUACCAAUCUACACUCUACCAGCCCUCAGCGGCAUCCAUGGCCGCGGUGGCCCAGCGGAGCAUGCCCCUGCAGACAGGAACAGCCCAGAUUUGUGCCCGGCCGGACCCCUUCCAGCAAGCUCUCAUCGUGUGUCCCCCUGGCUUCCAAGGCCUGCAGGCCUCUCCCUCCAAGCAUGCUGGCUACUCAGUGCGGAUGGAAAAUGCUGUUCCCAUCGUCACUCAAGCUCCAGGAGCUCAGCCUCUUCAGAUCCAACCAGGUCUGCUUGCUCAGCAGGCCUGGCCAGGUGGGGCCCAACAGAUCCUGCUUCCUCCAGCCUGGCAGCAGCUGACUGGCGUGGCCACCCACACAUCGGUGCAGCAUGCAGCUGUGAUCCCUGAGACCAUGGCAGGCACUCAGCAACUGGCCGACUGGAGGAACACACAUGCUCAUGGAAGCCAUUACAAUCCCAUCAUGCAGCAGCCUACACUCUUGACUGGACAUGUGACCCUUCCAGCAGCCCAGCCCUUAAAUGUGGGUGUAGCCCAUGUGAUGAGGCAGCAGCCAACCAGCACCACCUCUUCCAGGAAGAGUAAGCAGCACCAGCCUUCUAUGAGAAAUGUCUCCACCUGUGAGGUGACCUCUUCACAGUCUACCAGCUCCCCUCAGCGAUCCAAGCGUGUCAAGGAAAACACUCCCCCACGGUGUGCCAUGGUGCACAGCAGCCCAGCCUGCAGCACCUCAGUCACCUGCGGGUGGGGUGACGUGGCCUCCAGCACCACCAGAGAGCGGCAGCGGCAGACGAUUGUCAUCCCCGACACCCCCAGCCCCACAGUCAGCGUCAUCACCAUCAGCAGUGACACGGAUGAGGAGGAAGAGCAGAAGCACGCCCCCACCAGCACGGUCUCCAAGCAAAGGAAAAAUGUCAUCAGCUGUGUCACAGUCCACGACUCUCCCUACUCCGACUCCUCCAGCAACACCAGCCCCUACUCGGUGCAGCAGCGAACAGGACACAACGGCACCAACACCUUGGACACUAAGGGGGCUCUAGAAAAUCACUGUACCGGCAACCCCCGCACCAUCAUCGUACCCCCACUGAAGACCCAGGCCAGUGAAGUGUUGGUAGAAUGUGACAGCCUAGGGCCAGCAGUCAGUACUGGUCACCAUUCGUCCUCCUUCAAGUGCAAGUCCUCCAGCACCGUGACCUCCACCAGUGGCCACUCUUCAGGGAGCUCCUCAGGAGCCAUCGCCUAUCGGCAACAACGUCCAGGCCCCCAUUUCCAGCAGCAGCAGCCCCUCAAUCUCAGCCAGGCUCAGCCGCACAUGGCUACAGACCGAACUGGGAGUCACCGUCGGCAGCAGGCCUACAUCACUCCUACCAUGGCCCAGGCUCCAUACACCUUCCCGCACAACAGCCCCAGCCACGGCACGGUACACCCCCACCUGGCUGCAGCUGCCCACCUUCCCACCCAGCCUCACCUCUACACCUACACAGCGCCCACAGCCCUAGGCUCCACAGGCACCGUAGCCCACCUGGUGGCAUCCCAAGGCUCAGCACGCCACACCGUGCAGCACACUGCCUACCCGGCCAGCAUCGUCCACCAAGUCCCUGUGAGCAUGGGGCCCCGGGUCCUACCCUCGCCCACCAUCCACCCCAGUCAGUACCCCGCCCAGUUUGCCCAUCAGACGUACAUCAGCGCCUCGCCAGCCUCCACCGUCUACACUGGAUACCCACUGAGUCCUGCCAAGGUCAACCAAUACCCUUACAUAUAAACACUGGAGGGGCCGCAGGGAGCGGGGUGGAGGAGCCCCCAGCAGACCUGGGGAGCCGGGUUUCUCUACUGCAGGUGCCUGCCGCACUCAAACAAUGCAAAUGGGGCAGGGAGGGACAGCUGGGACACAGAUGAAACUUGAACUAGAAGUGGGAGGACUUAGAGCAGAGAAGAGAGCAUUUUAGAAGGAAGGGAUUCAGGAGUGGGAAAUCUAUGCUUUUUAUUUUAAAAAAGAAAAAGGAAAAAAAAGAAAAAAUGUUAGUAACAAAAGAGGAAAAAAACACAGCUCACAACCCAUUCUGCACCAAACUGGAAAGGAAAAGAAGAGCUACAGAAGAUUCUGGAAGCAAGGGGCCCCAGUGUUUGAAGAACUUUAUGAACUUUUUAAAGAUUAUUUUCAUAUGGCAGCAAGUGACAUUGAAGAAUUUGCUGUCGGGGACACCUGAUAUGGAAAUCCAAUAGAUUUUUAAUUAAUUGAGUAUGAAAAUUAGGGAUUUCUCCAGAACCCCAAAAGGGUCAACACCCCUUUCAAAUGUCGGGCCAUGGCCUAAAGGAGGCUCAUAUUUGGGGGUUGGUCUGGGGUUGGCAAAGCCCAGUUCUGGUUUGUUUGUCAGGAAUAGUGGGGUCAGCCAGACUGAUGGAGAACCCCUCAGGAGAGGGGCGGGUUUCAUCUUUUGGGCAUUCUGGAUAAAUCUCUCAUCAAUGUUUGUCAUUAAUAAUGUGUGUUGCAACCUUUAAUUUUGUUUUCUUUUCUGAGAUUGUUUCUCUUCUUGAAUCAACCCCUGGUCGUGUAGCAUAGGGCUAGUGGUCGUCGCAGACGCCCUAGUAGAAUGUAGCACUCUGCGCCCUUGUUUCCUUCCUUGUGUUCAACUCCAGUGAUACCAAUAGACUAUUCCUCAGUGUAAUUGCACAAAAAAGUGAUAUAAGGUAGGCAUGGAACCAAUGUGGUGGUCUUAGUGAGCGAGUGAGUGUGCAUGAGCACGUGUGGGUGUGAGCGGGGAUGCCGCCCUCCCGUGUGUCCCCUGGCACCGCCGUCACAGCCCUUGCAGUCUUGAUUUUACGUCAUUCCCUCCUAGUGCCUUAACGACCGACAGACAGACAGACACGGUGAAGGGUUUACUUCCACUGGUACUCCAAGAAACUGGCUGGGGCUGGUCAGAUAUGCUCUCAGCUCUUGUGUUAGAGUAUUUUACUUGGGUCUUUUUGAUUUUGUAUCAUCUUAAUGUCAUGUGGAUUGUCUUUCCUGGGCUCUUUGUGAGCAGAAGGGUUUCAAAGAAGCUUGCAUAACUAGAGGGGGAGAGUCGUGGAUCUCAAGAGGGAUGUGGGAGCAGGUGGGGCAGCCGGCUCUUUGGCUGAGUUUUACUCUGAAGGCAGAGGUCCUGAGAGACCCCACCCUCCCUAACUCUGCCACAUAUGGCGUAAGGGGGUCUUCAGCUGCCUCAGCCUCCAAGCCCGCCACUUCCUUCCUGGAGCCAUAUGGGGAGAAGCAGGAGACCUGUUCCCAUUUCUGGUUACCUCCCCAGUCCCUCCGUCCCACAAGAAGCCUGGUAGUGUCAGACACACCCACAUGUCUCUCCUCUCCACCAGCUCCAGGGGCUGUGGUUAGGCUCCUAGUAUCUCCAGCUCUCCCCUGCAGGCCUCCACGGUGAGUUUGCUGUUGCUUCUUUCCUGAAAUUAACCUAGGUCUCCCGAGACACUUUGUUCUCUGACUGAGAGACAGCAGGCAGAGGGGCUGGAGGGACAUUUGGGGAAGCGCUCCCAUGGACACUUGAGCCUGCAAAGAAAUGUGCCUGUGCCUUUGCACUGUUGCUACACUCUGGGUGUUUUCUCCAACUUUGGACAGCGACGUGGGUAGGAAUUUUCUAUUCCCACUGAGAAACUCUGAAGCCAUGGAAGUUGGAGACCAGUCCGGUCCAGGAUGGGACACAGUAGCAUGCCAUGGACUGUUUGGUCCCGGUGUAAGUCCUAGCUGGCCCCCAAUCCACAUCUUCAGUUAAAAGGCCUCCCCAGUCUCCCUCCCUGUCCUCCCUCUGUCAAAGGCUUUCUUCAUGGCACCUGCCCUCCUUCAGUAACGAAGCUUACUUAGCUUUUAGCUGUGAAAAACUCUGGAAACUUCCCCACCCACGAAUCUUAGAAAGUCCCCAAACUGGAUAUGUCUUAGUGCACCUUGGGCCAAAAAGAAGAGAAGCUAGAGCCUGGCAAGGCCCGGCCCCGCUCCAGCCAAGGACUUGCUGCAAGUGAGGCAGCAGGAGAAGUCGGUUCAGAGGGCGCAGAGCGAAGCCUUUGGAGAGCCCCGUGCCAGAGGCUUCUAGAGCCCCGCCAGCAUGGAAAUCCAUCCGUCACAGUUUCUAGCAGCCAGGUGGCAGCCGCUUCCCAUGGGACUUUCUCUUACUGUCAGCAGGCAGAUAGUCCUGACUGAAAGUGGGCCUGGAUUCGCCUUGCUGUGAGGCAGCAUCCAGAGGGCCAGCGUGUGGUCUUGUAGGGAUGCGUCUUUCCUUCCAGCUCCGCUAGUCUGCUCACAUCGAAGCUUCUCACUCCUCCACCCAUUCUGCCCUCCCAGAUGAACCAUGACCGUUCCUUGCUGCUCAUGAUUUAGUAUUAUUGUACGGAUUAUUUGUGUUAUUGCCACUGUAAUUAUGAUCAUUAUCACCUUAUUACUAUUUUAGUCAGGGUUUGAAGUAUACAUUUAUUCCAAGUAUCUUUGUGUUUUCUUCAUACUAUUUAAAUUUAUUUUAUUAUAGCUGUGAGUAUAUGAAUAGACUGGAGGAACACACAGAUGUACAGUCUUGUCAGAGGGGAAAAAAGGAAAGGAAAGGCACGGAACUAGGAAAUUGUUUCUGUCAUCUCUGUGCCGCAAGGAGCUCCAAGGAAAGCCUACCGCAGAGCAGAGACUCGGAUACGUUGGGCCAGUCUCUGCCUGGCCCGCCGGGUGCACAGCCACUGGUGGUGCAAUGCCUUUUGGACCCUUUGGCAGCUUCUCCCACACUCUCUGUCUGAACUACUGAGCAGAUUUUAGCCUGCCUCGUCUCUGUCUCUCACAGCUGCCCUAGAGCUCCCCUUCCCUUCACUCUUUCCUGUCAGUACAGUUGGAGAGUGGCUCUUCUCCCUCAAUGCAGAGACGGUGGUCCCACCCAAAAGCCCUUAGGUGUAGUGAGGCUUAUGGGCAGCCAGUGCCUCCUCAUUCUGUCCUGCUCAGCUGCCACCCUACCCAUCUCCCUAGUCUGCUUCUUCUCCAGACACCCUCCCAGUGCCCAACUCCGGGGAGCCAAGUAAAGAAACGGAGAGAGAGCCCUGGGCGGAGUCCCACGGUUGCUCAGAAACCAGCAGGCCCCUGUGAAGGAAGGACCGGAGCACUAGCUUCCCCAGACAGAAGACAGUCCCUCUGCAAACCUCCACCCCACUCCCAUUCCUCCCUGAUCUCAACCCCGUGUACAGAGCCAGCACAUCAGGAGUCACCCUAGGCCCCAGCUAGGUGGCAUCCUCACCUACGUCCCCCUGAGGUGCUCAGCACAUCCGUUUGGCAAAAAAGAUGGAAGAAAGGUCUCUGUCCUUAGGACUACACUCAAUGGAAGGUGGCCCGCUUAGCCCCUGGUGCAUCCUCCGGGGGUUCUUUAAUGAGGGAGCGGGGCUCAGCCUGAGGAAGAUGGGAAGGAGAAGGUCUGUGGCACCUCGUGACCUGGGUUCUCACUGACCAUGCGGGCCUUGGCACCCAGGCCUCUGUCAGUAUGUCGGCGGUGUUUCAGGAAAGCAGAGGAGCGGGGCCCGUGGGUAAGCAAGGCUGGCGCUGUGUCGCUUAGCCCUGCCAAGUGGAUGUGGUUGCUGUGAUUUGUAGGAGAAAGGGUGGGGUGGUCCAGUGCCCCCCGGACUGUGCAAGUUUCUCUCCUUCCUGUGGCAGAGACCACAGUGUGGAGCAGGUCAGCAAGGGCGGUCGGCACAGCAGAUGGGGCCUCCCUGGACCAGGGCUCGGGAGUUGCAAACACUCUCUUUUGAGCAGUGUGCGGUGGAGGAUGGGUCGGGUAUCGUAAUGAGUGGAGUUGAUGUUGAGGAGGCUUAAGGAAGUGUAUGGUGGUUCAUGGUAGUAAGGGUGAUUGGGUCCUCAGUCUGUCCCUCCCUCCCCCAGGGUCUCUGUGUCUGGCUGAGGGCAGGGUAGGAUGUGGGCGUGGCUCUUGCUGGCCUGCCCAGUAGCUGCUAGGACAGAAGACAGAAGAAAACUGCUUGAUGCCCUCUGCUAGCAGACAGAGUUCCAUGAGAGGCAAGGUCUUCCGUGGCCCAGCCUGAGACGUCACAACCCCCGCCAGCCACUGUGUCACAACACAUUCCAGCCCAGGUCUCACAGGCUUUGCUCUGCUCCUCACUCCUGUUUUCCCUCUUAUGUGCUUUAUAGAUUUCUCAUGGGGAAGUCUCCAAAUCAAGCAGGCCAGAGAUGCCCUUACAAAUUAGAAAGGAAAGUAAAACUGUCCCUUUCUAUAGCCAAAGAAUCCUCUCAAAGACACCUCUAGAGAUGGACAAGUGUUCCCCGUUCCUUUCUGGGCAAUUCCAUUUAUACUUCCUCUCUAUCCUGCCUCUUUUUAAUGUCACUGCUUUUAUUUCAAAACCACUCAUCUUUAAGAGGAGUGGAGUAGUGGUCCUAGACGCUGCUAUUCCCGGGGAACCGAGGCCCCUACCGUGCUCAUUUGUGCUUAAUCGACAUCAUGCUACCGUGGGGAACUAGACGACAAGCAAGUAGACCUUUCCUGGUGACCCACACUGCGUCCCAGGCUUAGGAUGCCCAGGACUCACGUGAGAUAGCAGUAUCCGUCCACUUGCCUGGUCUCUACACGCAGUCAGUACUCAGACAAAUCCGCCAAGCCACUAGAGAACCAAAGAUGGCAAAACGAGGCUCACUUGAUUACAGAAGAAGCCUCAUGAACACUUCGGCACUGUGGCUCCCUGUAGUGGCCACCUGAGGGAAGGUUUCCUGCGUCUUUGGGGCAGCACAGAGAGGUAGUUCCAGGCAGUCUCUUUCCUCCUGGCUCAGGGUUGUCAGAAAAGAGAUCCCGGAGGCUCCCUGUCACAGAUGCACCCCCCCCAUCCUUUCAGAGUCCCUCAUCUCAGACCCUCGCAGGAGAACAUUAUACUGAUUGCCUCUUGCUGCACACUAGCAGUACCCUCACGUAAGGACUCACCGACGUUCAUUGAGUGUUCACAGUAUGCCAAGGCCUUUCUGAGGGCCAUCUCACAGCCGCCUACCCCCGGCAAGAAGUCAGCACUCCUGUUUGACAGAUGGAAAAGCUAGCCGUCUGAGAAGAUGGCAUGUGUAAAAGGAAAACUAUAAUACCAUUGCAGAACCCCCAAGUUUUUGUUAAUGAAACUUCACUGAUGUGACACUGUUUCCCUGUUCAAUGAAGCGCAGUGAGCAGCCCAUCUCCAAUGAGUCAUUCAAUGACGCUCCCAUUCCCUGUGUGCCAAAUGCUGUGCUAAGAAUUGCUGGGAGAGCCCUACAACACCAGCCUUGUCAGUACCUGUACGGAUGGGGUGCCUGGCUUAAAGAGCCUGUAACCUGCCCAGGUCACCCAACUAGUGAGAAAGGGACUCAGGGCUUAACACUAUCUGCUUAGCUCUAGACAGAGUUCCCAGACACCAGCCCCAGCUGCCUCCCUGUGGAGCAAGGACAGUCUUUGACAGAGUGUCAAGCCAGUCUCCCCUGUGUGACUGGAGUUCCUGGAUGGGGUGCAGGUCCAAGGAGAGUUUGACUUUAAGAAAACUCCGGGGAGUUUCUCUGGAUUCCUAGAAUUCCUUUCUGGUUUCUUUCCAGCUAAUAGCUUUAGUCAUGCUGCUACAACUCUUAUGAGAGUGAAGGGAAAGUGUUCUUUUCUUUAAAACUAAAUAAAUGUUUUUCUUGUUUAUAGUUAAUCCUAGAAAGGCAAUACUAAAGUGUAUAUUUUUUUCCAAAAUGCUACUUUUUACUGUACUUGAUAAAUACCCUGACAGCUCUGAUCUCUGUACUAGACCCUCUCUUCAGCCCCGGGCAGAGCCAGGAGCCAGGUUCACGCCAGAUUUGUAAAUACCAUUUGGGUCUGUGGCCAAGAACUUUUUUUUUCUGUGAAGAAACAAAAACAAAAAGAGAAGAGGAGGGGAGGAUGAAGGCAGGUUGGGAAGAGGAACAAAACCGAGCUUUCUCGCAAGAGACGACCUCAGAGAGACGGACAAAGCAUAGCAGGGCGCAGCAACCAAGCCAGGAGUGAGAAGGAUGCGCCUCUGGCUGCCCUGAGCUCGGGAGCACUGCAACCACAGUCCAGUUCACCUGAGAGGUGACACAAAUCUAGACAUGCUCUAGGACUAGACUUUAACUUCCGAAAAGGCCUAGCAUGCACUCUAAGUUUUACUCGGUUGUUUUGGUUGGGUUUCUUGUUUUUCUUUUAAAAACGUCUUUACUGACUGGCUCCAGGCUUGUUUGUCUAAAUUCUUAGGUCGUUUACACAAGUUCUGAAUUCUUCUAGAACUUUAACUCCAUUGGAAGCAAACUGACUAGUACAGAUCUGAGAUCCUGGUUGGUGGCGGUAGGUGUUCUGGGGCUCCGGCAGACCACCUGUCAGUGUUUUCAGAAGGUUUUAGAUAACAUUAUCUUACACAAACUGUGACCUAAUGGCAAUAAUUACCUCAAAUGUGGGCAUUCUUCCUGGUUUUAGCCUUUUUUGAAACAAUAUAGCCAGUUUGAUCUUGUGAUUUAAAAGACUAUGAAUUCUCUGUGGGCUGAAGUAAGGAAGCAGAAGGGUCUUUGCCAAACUCUUUUUAUGAGGCUCUGCACCCCGGUCACUGUUGCUGAAGUGAGUGCGCUCGAAGAGCAGCCAGGGAAGAGGUGACCUCUGUGUCACAGUCAGUGUGACGUCUAGGGAGCGUGGCCCUCGCUGCAGUAACAUGCCCUUGCUUUUUCCAGUAUCCAGUAACCCACACAAUUGGCUAUGGAUGCAUACUCAAGCAUACUUCUGGCUACACUCUAUAUUUUAUAGUUUACAUUUAACCUGGUACUUUUUUUUUAAUUGUUUAUAACUGGCAUCUUCAACCAGAACGAUUGACUGUUGUGUUAGAAGCUGUGUCUCCCCAAAGCAGGCGUGUUCCACUUACUCUGUGCGGAAGCCAAGUAUGUGCGCUUCCUUUAUUGUUGUUCCCUGUGAAACUGAGAGAAUGUGAAGGACGUCUAGAGGGAACGGAAGGGAUGAGACCUGAGCCAGAUGCAGAGUCCCAUGCCACGCUGUACCAACUCUUCUUGUCAAGCCCUUCUCGAAAGCAUGGGGGGGGAGAUGAUUCCUGCUUCCUCGGUUUCUGUCUUGAUUUCAGUCUUCCUGUAGGACUGGUCACUCUCCUGGCAGUAGAUGGCACUGGUUCUCACAGCUCUGAAGGCAUGCUCACUGUUUCUGGACCCCAGAGAACCUCUGGUCCGCAUUUGGAGAGGGAGACCCCAAUUCCAUAGUCACUGGCUGGGUUUUCCACAUAUCACUGUUUUAGUCUUUAAAGUACAACCUACGUCAAAUGAUGUGUGUGUCAAUUUACCCACUGUCGGGCUAAGCUGUGAAAUCCAGUUCUGAGGCUUCUGCUGACAGACGUAGGUGCUUCUGAGCCAGCGGGGCGGGGUAGGCAGCAAAGGAUGGUCCAUGGAAACUGGUCCACAGAGAGGGGAGUUACAGUGACUGAGACACGCUUCAGAGACAAGUGUGGGCUCUACUGGUAGGCAGGAGAAAACAGGAAAUGUCAAUUUCCCUGACAGGUUUUGGGGGGUUGGAUUUGGGGGGGUGCUGUUUAUUUUUGUUUUGUUGUGUUGCAACUUUAAGACAGGGUCUCACCAUGUAGCCCUGGCUGGUCUGGAACUCACUGUGUGGACUGGGUUUUGUUUUCUCUUGUGCCACUGUGCAGGACCCAUGGUGAUCCAUGGUGUGAUGUGAUCAUUCCUCUAGCAGACGCCUUGAGAGCUGCAGCCUGGCGGUGCCAGGGUGCCAGGGACUGUUGCGUUUGCUUUGCUCCUGUGAGCGGUGCCGGCAGCAUGCUCCUGUGAGCUCUGUUAGAAUGCCCUUCGUCUCACCCUUCUUAGUCAUACCCCAGGCUCCUCUGUGUGUGUGUCUGUGUGUUUUCCUUUGCACUAAUAAACCAAAUGAAUUUUUGUCAUUGUCUUUAGAGCUAACCUAUGUUUUUAAAUGAGAGGUAUAGAAAUGGGCUUUUCAUUAUUAUUUGAAAGUAUGAACUAUGUCUGAAGAAGAGCUCUGCUGUUGCUCUCUUUAGUCCCCCCUCAACCAACUUCCAAAUGGAUCUCUCCUGCCCCUCCCCCAUGUUGACUCACUGCUCCCCACAGCCACCUCUGCCCGCCUGUCACCACAGAUCCAUGCUCAGGACUCCCAGGAAUCUCAAGAGCCAUCUACAAGACUUGGCUUAGCCCUGAGAGCCAUGCUUCUGCCUCCCUGGCUGGGCUGACGGGCUGUGGACCUGCUAUUGUGGUAUCAGUACUUUGGCUCAGGUUAUGCGGAAGGACGUAGAAGUUGAAAGUGACUUGACUGUACCAUCCUCUAGCGUUCUGUGACUCUGAGUGCAAUGCGCGCUCGCGCGCGCGCGCGCGCGCACACACACACACACACACACCACGUGCCCUUCAAAGCAGAGAUCCUGUUCACACUGCCUCCAAGUCAGCUAGCUCUUGGCCCUCCCACAUCCUCUCUCUUGUGUAUGCCCCUUUGAGGCUGGAUUUCUUCUAUGGGUUACCCAGGGCACACUCAUUUCUAGACCCCAAAGCAUCCUUCACCCCUGUGUGCGUGCGUGCGUGCACGUGUGUGUUUUAACCAAAUGAAGUUGACAAGAAAGGUGUAUGUUGGGGCUGCAGGAUUCCUAGUGUAGUAGAAGCACUGUAUAGAUAAAAAUGUUGAUAUAUAUAUGUUUGUGUAUGUAUAUAUCAAACCAAAUUUCUGAUAGGAAAAGUAUAGCUUUAUGGUUGAGAAGGAAGAGGAGCCCUUUAGAGGUUGGAGCGAGCCUCGAUCUGUCCAAUGAGCAAGGUGCAUCCUGUCCCUUCACCCGCGUCCUGUCCCAGCACCCAGCCCUUGCCGUCCACCUCGACUCAGCAGAGCUGGGAGACCUGAGGGCAGGAGGAGAGAGGACACAGAUACAAUGACUGCAUUUUCCUUCCCAGUUUGCUCUGACCACAUGUAUUGAGCUGCAGCCCGAUAUGAUAUCACAUUUCAAACAAGGCGGUGUGAAGAUGGCGGGGGGGGUCUGUAGCAAUGCUUCCCUUUUAGCCCUCUGUGAGUUCAGGACACUGUGGACAGACAGACACACUCCCUACACAAGAACAGGGAAGAGGGGACCUGGCAGUGCUCACUCCCCAGUCCAAGGAACGAGGGUCCCUCCCCGCAGGUCACCUCACCCAGACAAGUCUCCACCAGGUCAUCUCAGCUCAAUCCUAUAACCCCUGAAAGCCCUGGCCCACCGUGUCCCUCACUGUACGGUUUCUGUAACGCAGUGUUAUCCAUGUUAAUCUGUGUGGGAGUUACGUGCAACAGUAUUUUCUCGUGUACCUCUUCUCCUCUGUGACGUGUCCCUCUUCUUUUAUUUAUAAAUGUCUACUUUUUUUAAAAAAAAAAAAAAAGACAGACCAGUGUGUCGUAGACCUCUCUGUAACCUGUUCCUUAGUCUCACUAUAGGUAUGUUAUAAGGAUGGAUAUUUUACUUGGCUUUAGAAUGUUUUUCAAGAAAACUAACUCUUAACUGAUGAAGUUGUUGCUACUAAAAUGCUUGUUUUCAUCAUGAUGUCGUGCGCUUCUAAAUUAAUCAUCAUUUUCGUUGUAGAAAAAUGGAGUGAAUUUAUAUUAGUCUUGGAAACUAAUAAUAGCAUUGUAAAUUUAUGAGAUGAUUUUAACAGAAAAAAAAUUAUAGAAGAAUAUAGUUAUUUUAAUUGUAAUAUUACUAACUGUAGGGUGAGGAAGGGGGUCUGUUGUGGUGAACUCUGUUAUAGCUUGUUACUCAGUUUCUUUUUGAUCAUUUUUUCGGUCUCUGAGGUGAAGCGAGUUAUUAAUGGAAUCUGUAAACUCACAUAUGCAUAUUGUAUAUGUGUAGAGAUGUGAUCACACUGUCUUGGAAUUACAUUAAACUGUUUGGAAUCACUGUA